AUGGAAUAUUUCGACUCGGAUGUGCCUAACAUUCCAGACUACAGACUCUCUGAAAAGCAGUUCUUGCUCACUACGUGUGCCACUACAACUCCAAGCACCAAAGAACAACUUGUUGGCGAAAUACUCGAAUCAAUCAAGACCGAAUCUUUAGGUUCUUACUAUAAAUACCUCACCACCGAAUUUCCUCAGUAUUUCCCACUCGAUGAGGAACUUUCUUUGAAAUUGAACUCCACCAAUGAAGAGGAAAUUGAGAAGCUCAAGGCUUCCAUUAAAGAGGCUGAAGGUGACGACGAAACUGAGUUAGAUGUAACCCAAUGUUACAUCAAAUUGGCCGAAUACUACACCAAGAUCAUUGACCGUGAAAACUCGAUUGAAACUUAUCAAAAGGCGUUGGAAUUGCCACAGCUGACGGGAUCAAAGAUCGACAUCUUGCUUACUUUGGCAAGAUUGGAGUUCUUCUUCAACGAUUACUCCAACGCCAAGGUCUACUUGGACCAGGUUAAAAUCUUGAUCGAAAAGGGUGGAGACUGGGAACGUAGAAACAGAUUCAAGAUGUACUCGGGUAUAUUUUUGAUGGCUACCAGAAACUUCUCAGAAGCAUCGAAGCUUUUAAUCGACUCCUUGGCCACUUUUACAUCCACAGAAAUAUGUUCAUACGAUCAAGUCGCCCAUUAUGCCAUUGUGUCAGGAGUGUUGACCUUGGACAGAGUAAAUUUGAAGGAGAAGAUCAUGGAUAGCCCAGAGAUUUUAUCAAUAUAUUCGUCUGCUCCUCAUUUGGAACCGUUGAUCAACUUAACAAACUCGUUGUACACCUGCCAAUAUAAUUAUUUCUUCAAGUACUUGUUGGAAUCCCAUGACGAAUUAUUAGUCAGUAACAAAUACCUUUACAACCACAGCAACUACUUUUUGAGAGAGAUGAGGUGCAAGGCAUACGGUCAAUUGCUAGAAAGUUAUAAAUCGUUAUCGAUUAAGUCUAUGGCUGAAAACUUCAGUAUUCUGCCUGAAUUUUUGGACAAAGAUUUAUGUAAGUUCAUUCCAAACAAGAAGUUAAACUGUGUCAUUGACAAGGUCAAUGGAAUAAUCGAAACAAACAGACCAGAUAAUAAAAACAACCAAUAUCAUUUAUUGAUUAAGCAAGGUGAUUCAUUAUUGACAAAACUUCAGAAGUAUGGAGCUGCUGUUAAGCUUAGUGGAGCUGAGCGUGUAUAG